GCCGUCUUUUCUGUUUGCAUUGCGUUUGCGGCACUCUCUUCUUCUUCUUCUUCUUCGUGUUUGUUUUAUCUCUCUCAAUUUCGAAGAGACCAUCGACAACGCAGAGUUAGAAGAGAUGGGUAGAACAAAAUCAUUCAAGGACGAGCUUACAUUCGAGCAAAGGGUGCAAGAAUCGCGGGAUGUUCAGGCCAAAUACCCUGAUCGAGUUCCGGUGAUUGUUGAAAAGUAUGCCAAGUGCGACCUUCCUCAGAUGGAAAAGAGAAGAUAUCUUGUCCCCCGGGAUAUGUCUGUCGGGCAAUUCAUUUAUACUUUGAGCGAGAGACUUCAUCUGGCCCCUGGAAAAGCUCUCUUCGUAUUUGUAAAGGAUACUUUACCCCCAAUAGCUAGUAUGAUGAACUUUGUCUAUGACUCCUACAAGGACGAGGAUGGAUUUCUGUACAUGUGUUAUAGCACCGAGAAAACCUUUGGUCAUGCUAGCUAAUAUCGAAAGACAUGAUCAACAAUUUCUUUCGUGUACAUUGUUCUUAAUUUAUGCAAAACUCUCGAUCUCAGUACAUUUAUUUUCUCAUUAUUUUUAAUAUUCAAAUUAUGCCUCAGAAGAGGAUUUGAACCAACAAAA